AUGACCAACGACAUCGGCCUCCAUCAGUGGAGUCACUACUGUCAUAACUUCCACCACGGCGAAUACCGUGCUUAUAUCCACGGCGAGCUGGCUGCCCGAGGCCCCUUCAGCGUUCCCCACAAAGUUCCUCUGCCAGUUAAGGGCAUCAUCACCGUAGGGCAGGAACAGGAUCUGCUGGCUGGGGCUUACGACACCGACCAGAGUUUUCGUGGUCAUAUCGCCCAAGUUAACAUCUGGAAUAGAUCGCUCACGCCGGAGGAGGUGAAGGAACAAGCCUCGUGCAACAAGGCUCCUCUCGGCAACAUUUUUUCCACUGACAGAGAAAAUGUAGAGCUACUCGGGGGCGCCAGUGUUGAGCUGGUGAAGUCUGAGCACUUCUGCCAGAAAUCCGUCGAGUAUGUCAUCUUUCCAGAGGCGCGUUACAUGGCGGAAUCUCGACUGGUCUGCACUAGGAUAGGCUACGAGGUCUACACUCCCCAAGACCGCGAGGAAAACAUUAUUCUUCACCAAGAGUCGCUUCGUUUUGCCGAAAAAUGUCUUUCUAAUUAUCAUCUGUGGAUUGGUGUGACCGACGAGGAGGUAGAAGACGUGUGGAGAAAAUUUACUGAUAACUCGGUUGCUGAAACUCAGUUUGAACUCAAUGAACCUAAUGGGGGUACGGGAGAAAACUGCAUGUUGAUGUUUCUGCCCAACGGUUUGUGGGUAGACACCUCUUGUGUUAUCAGAUGGCCUGCUUGUGUUCCCUGCGAAGUGGAUCGCACUUCACCUCUUCGUCUUAGAGGGUUCUGUUUCUCUAACGAAGCAGAAACUUACUACGAAGUGUUGGGAUACAAGAGGGAGAAACCGUAUAUGCACGGGUACUAUGGGUUUAUUGUGUACAAGACUGACACCUACACGUGGGAGAUGUUUGACACCACCACAGGCGAAGUCGUUGGUAUCCUGGAGGUUCCCACGAAGGACUCUUACCCGAUUGGUCGAAACAUCUGGACGCUCAAGAGGUCGAUGUGUGAUUAUCUGAUUGGAACUCAACUGCAAAUGAGUUUCUCCAUUUGUGAUAACGACGAGUUCACAUGUGCCAACGGUGACUGUAUCCCCAAAGAACUUCGCUAUAACGCCAAGGACGACUGCGUUGAUCUGUCUGAUGAAGAAGAUUGUCAGUUAAUCAUUCUGCCGAAAGGCUACCGUUCGGAGAGGCCGCCAGACAACGAAACAGAAGGCUUAGCUAUCUACGUGGCCCCUACCGUCGACGUCCUCCGCUUCAUGGAGAUUAGUGAUAUUAGACGCGUCAGUAAUGUAGAGUUUCUGAUAGAGAUCAGGUGGAACGACCCUAGGCUAAAGUAUCAGAACCUGGGUGAAACGUUGGAAUGGAAUACGCUCUCAGCCGUGGACAUGGACAGAGUGUGGAGACCCAAGAUCAACUUUCCCAACGUGUACGACGGCAAUAUCAAGAUGCUCUCAGAAGAUCUGUUCCUAGACAAAAUCGGCAUCCCACUUCCCCCAGAGUUCAACAACGUCAGGAUGGACACGGUGUACGACGGGAAGAGCGCCACUUUGGUACAACAGUUGCAUUACAGAGAGAAUUUAACAGAAGCACAGUUGGAAGAGAGGAAUUUUGUAGGAUUGGAUUGUGUCUGUGAGAAAGUGACCAUACUUCCCAAGACCACACCUGCUCCUGUGUUGUUGGGUACUGGGUCAAG